AUGACCGUCCAAUCAUCGCACAUGAUAAACAAACCCAAACGUUCCACACUAGCCUCUUCGAAGUACCUUCAACUAUCUAUAGACCUAUCUUUCACACCAUCGGAACAUCGAAGUUGGAAAACUAGAGAAAGUUGGAUCGUUACAUAUGAUCCAGAGAACGGUCACUGCCAAUGUAAAACCGAGACCGUUUCACAAAGUACAACAGGGUCGACCGUGAAAGAAUCAAAGGAAUGGAAAGACUGGGAGAACAUGGUUAGGAAGAGUGGUAAUACCGGAAGAGUCGAUCUUCACGCUGGUAUAUAUGCGAAUGCCCUAGAAGGGAUUUUUAAGGUAGAUGCGAAGGAGAGAUUGGAGAAAGGGGGAUUAUGA